AUGGCAACGCCAACUACCAAUGGUGAGUAGCUAUAAUGCCAAUUGCCUUCUUCUAUCUGAAAGUAUUUCAGCAUUUGACACUGAUUAUAUAUAUAUGUGUGUGUAUGUGUAUAUAUAUAUAUAUUUUUUUUUAAAUUAAUAUUAUUGUUGUUCCUUUACCUCUAUAGUUUCUACUUAUUAUUAGGUGUGUGUAUGGUAAUUAGAAUAUGAGUCAGCCUGCCUUGGAGGAGGUACAUGUAUGUGGAAAUAUAAAAUGCCACUCUACAUUAGGUAUUUGCUUUUUAUGCAAUUAUCGUAUGUGUCUAUGCUAGAACUUCAAUUUGAAAUCUCAAUAGCCUGGAUGGAAAAAGCACAACCCGCAUAUAUUAAUGUAUCCAUGAAGUGCAUUAAGUUACAGCUUUUAAUGGAAUAACUAAAUCUAAAACCUGCUUGACAGUGCAAUUGGGAAAGCUCAUUGGGAGUUGAAAUCUAACUGCCGAAUAUUUCCAUCUGUGUAAAAUUGGCCAUUCCCCUAAUCUACUUCAGGUAUAUCAAGGCUGCUGCUACCAACCAGAUCCUUUGAUAUCUAUACUGUAGUAUGUCAUCCAAACUAUAUUUUAAGAUGACUAUAUAUGAGUUCAAGAUUAUCUACAACUCAAAACUUGACUUUAUGACUAUUAAUAUUAUUAUUAUGAUGAUAUUUAUAGAGCGCCGUCAAAUUCUGCAGCGCUUUACAAUGGGUGGACGAACAGACAUGUAGUUGUAACCAGACAAGUUGGACACACAGGAACAGAGGGGUUGAGGGCCCUGCUCAAUGAGCUUACAUGCUAGAGGGAGUGGGGUAAAAUGACACAAAAAGGUAAGGAUAGUAUUAGACUAGUGACAGUUGCAGAAGAGGAAUCAGUCAGGAGCUAUUAACAGUUUAAUUGCUACGCUUUUAUGAAGAAGUGGGUUUUUAACGAUUUUUUUGAAGGAGUGGAGACUGGGUGAGCAUCUAACGGAGGAGGGAAGCGAGUUCCACAGGAACGGUGCAGCCCUCCAGAAGUCUUGAAGGCGAGCAUCAGAGGUGGGAGUACGUAAGUCUUCAGCAGAUCGUAAGGGCCUAGACGGGACAUACUUGUGUAUAAGGGAGGAUAAAUAGGUGGGAGCAGCAUUAUGUAGAGAUUUGAAAGCAAGAACCAGAAUUUUAAAUUGAGCUCUAUAUUUUAUAGGAAGCCAAUGUAGGGAAUGACAGAAGGGUGAGGCAUGGGAGGUGCGGACGGGAAGAUGAGCCUCGCCGCCCCAUUCAUUAUGGACUGUAACGGUGCUAGUUGGGAGCACGUAAGACCACUGAGAAGCGGAUUACAGUAGUCAAGGCGAGAAAGGACAGAGGAAUGGACCAACACCUUAGUCGCAUCUGGCGUUAAGUAGGGGCGGAUGCGCGCAAUGUUUUCGAGAUGGAAAUGACAGGAUUUGGCGAUAGAUUGAACAUGAGGCUUGAAGGAGAGGUCGGAGUCAAAGAGAACACCUAGGCAGCGAGCCUGCGUGGUGGAGCUGAUGGUAGCAUUGUUGACUUGGAGAGAGACAGACACAGGAGUAACAACACUUGAGGGAGGAAAGACCAGAAUUUCAGUUUUGGUCAAGUUUAGUUUAAGGAAGUGGGCAACCAUCCAGUUAGAAAUAGCAGAGAGGCAUUUAGAGACACUAGUCAAGAGGGACGGGGAGAGAUCAGGAGAGGACUACUUUGUUUCAUAAUAAAGAUUAAGUGCUAAGUGGACGAAAAGCGCAAGUCAGCGUUCCCGGUUUCCCAGUGUGGUGGUCCCACAUUGAUCUUAUUGAUUUCAUUUAUCUUGGAUGGGUAUUUUGUUUAUUUUUUAUUUUUUUGGCAUUCCCAAAAUGAGUGAUGUUUGACCAAUAUGUGCAUUGGGAUAAAUUCCGAAAUUGACAAAAGGCAGAGCUCCACCAUCAAGCUUUGUCAGUUCCCCCUUCCAUUGCUAGCAUUGGCUGUUUGGAAAUGUUUCUUGCUGCAAGGUUAGUUACUACGAAGGAUCCUGCGUUCUCAUGGAAUCCUCUUUCGACCUGUGCUGUAUUCAUUCACAAGAGUAUGACCAUGACAAGGAUACUGGCAGAUCAACAGCCAGUAGGUAAAGAUGUAUGUCAGACCAAAGAUGAGGAUAGCUACAGGUAAGUAGAUCUUUCUUUAGCUCCCCCUGUCUUUCAUACACCAGCUAGGCAUGUUCCCUUCAGGCAUCUUUGCAAAAUAUUCAAGGACCCCCUAAAGUGAGAGCAACUUUUAACCAGCAAGCUGUGGGAUUUACUUAUCAUGUGCACCCUGUUGAAGUACUUGGUAGUGUAGUCGAGUAUUCUUAUUGGCAUUUAUAUAGCGCCUAUAUAUUCCAUAGCGCUUUACAAUAAUAUGAGCGGGGGAGAUUUACCAAUACAUGAGACCAUUAAAAAAACGUACAGGAACAAUAGGUUGAAGAGGACCCUGCUCAAACAAACUUACAGGCUAGUGCAGGCAUAGGCAACCUUUGGCACUCCAGAUGUUUUGGACUACAUCUACCAUGAUGCUUUGCCAGCAUUAUGGGGGAUGUAGUCCACAACAUCUUGAGUGCUGAAGGUUACCUAUACCUGGACCUAGAGGGUAAUGUAUUCUUCUAUGACAUCCUAAACCAAGGACCUCCUACUAUCAAAAUAUAUGCAUUGCAGUGUUAAUUUUGUCGAAUAACAAUUUUAGUCAAAUUUUAGCUAACUAAAACAAUUCAGAUGACUAAAAUACGACUAAAACUAAAAUGGCUUUUUAGUCAAAGGACUAUGAGUAAAACUAAAUUGAAAUUUGCUACCAAAAUUAACACUGCACAGAGGGGAUGUGGAAGGGGGAAAAGAGACAGACCAGGGCUUGGGAGAGAGACACCUAGAGUGGUUGGGUGGACACAAAGAGACACAGAGGGGCAAAAGAGACAGUUGCUUUAACUACACCUAGAGCAGUUGGAAAUGCUAGAAGAAUGCUUUGUUGUAUAGGGAGAGGUAUUAGCAGUAGAAAGAGGGAAGUGCUCAUGCCCUUGUACAGAACACUGGUGAGACCUCACUUGGAGUAUUGUACUCCGUACUGGAGACCGUAUCUUCAGAAGGAUAUUGAUACUUUGGAGAGAGUUCAGAGAAGGGCUACUAAGCUGGUUCAUGGAUUGCAGGAUAAAACUUACCAGGAAAGCUUAAAGGAUCUUAACAUGUAUAGCUUGGAGGAAAGACAAGGCAGGGGGGAUAUGAGUAGAAACAUUUGAAUACAUAAAGGGAAUCAACACAAUAAAGGAGGAGACUAUAGUUAAAAGAAGAAAAACUACCACAACAAGAGGACAUAGUCUUAAGUUAGAGGGGCAAAGGUUUAAAAAUAAUAUCAGGAAGUAUUACUUUACUGAGAGGGUAGUGGAUGCAUGGAAUAGCCUUCCAGCUGAAGUGGUAGAGGUUAACACAGUAAAGGAGUUUAAGCAUGCGUGGGAUCGGCAUAAGGCUAUCCUAAGGCCAGGGACUAAUGAAAGUAUUAGUGAAAUAUUGGGCAGACUAGAUGGGCCAAAUGGUUCUUAUCUGCCGUCACAUUCUAUGUUUCUAUUAGAUUUUAGUUGUGUCGACUUAAACUAAAACAAUUCGUACUAAAAUACAACUAAAACUGAUAUGGCUUUUUAGUCCGUAAACUAUGGCUAAAACUAAAUUGGAAUUUGAUGCCAAAAUUAACACUGAUGCAUUAACUAUUAAAUGUUUAUGCUUGCAAUUCUUUUAUUUAUAUAUAUAUAUAUAUAUAUAUAUAUAUAUAUAUAUAUAUAUAUAUAUAUAUAUAUAUAUAUAUAUAUAUAUAUAUAUAUAUAUAUAUAUAUACCUUACCUUCUUACUUGGCUUAAAAAUUGUACGAAAUGGGUCCUAUGUGGUUUUUUUUUUUUGGUUUUUUUUUUUUUAAAUAAAUAGCGGGGUUACAAUAAAAAGUUAUAAAUUGAACCACAAAAAUAGUUGCCUAUGACUGUGCUGUUUUGUAGCACACCCACUGCUUUUUUUUUAUUUAUUAUAUAUUCACUUGACAUACAGAUUAAUUUUAUAUGCCUAUUAAUAGGAGGUUGUUGGCCUUCCCUCUCUGAAUCACAUGCUGAGUAAUUCACUAAUCAGAGCAUUGUAGGCAAAUGACAUGGAAAAAAAAAACAUUUUAGCCUAAAUAGCAGAUUUGUUUUUAGCACACCUCUGUUUGCAGCGCUAGGUUUGGCAAGGACCAAAUUGGAGUCCUAUUGGUCACUUGCAAAUCCACCAAUCACCUUAGGAGUUGUGUUCACUACUGAGAUAUUUGUGUGUAAACCAUGGGUUUCUUUGAUUGGACAAUAAAUCUUCCUUAGAGAUCCUAGAGACCCGAUUCUUAAAUUAGUAUGUUUCAAAGAACCCCCCAGCAGUCCAUGUAGGGAUUCACAUACUACACAGCCAUGUUUCAUUGUAGAUAAUGAUAAAACAUGGAGCUGUGAUGGGUUUUGACUACUAGUUCAUAUUUAAUACCUUCGGGACAAAUUACAUGUCCGGGCUGUUAUAAUAACUUUGACUAACACUGCGUAGAAAGGGCCAAUGCUUACAUAAAUAUUGUGAAUAUAUGAAGGUUCUAUAUUCAUUCUAUCCCAUUAGUGAUAUUCGUACGGGGCUUCAUUCCACUGUAUCAUAUGAAAACCUUUUCCCAUUUGUCCUAGGUAUUGUUAUUAAAGGGACACUUUAGUCACCUGAACAACUUUAGCUUAAUGAAGCAGUUUUGGUGUAUAGAACAUGCCCCUGCAAUCUCACUGCUCAAUCCUCUGCCAUUUAGGAGUUAAAUCCCUUUGUUUAUGAACCCUAGUCACACCUCCCUGCAUGUGACUUGCACAGCCUUCCAUAAACACUUCCUGUAAAGAGAGCCCUAUUUAGGCUUUCUUUAUUGCAAGUUCUGUUUAAUUAAGAUUUUCUUAUCCUUUGCUAUGUUAAUAGCUUUCUAGACCCUGCAAUAGCCUCCUGUAUGUGAUUAAAGUUCAAUUUAGAGAUUGAGAUACAAUUAUUUAAGGUAAAUGACAUCUGUUUGAAAGUGAAACCAGUUUUUUUUUUUUUCUCAUGCAAGCUCUGUCAAUGUGGCUAGGGCAGCAUAAACAGAAACAAAGUGAUUUAACUCCUAAAUGACAGUGAAUUGAGCAGUGAAAUUGCAGGGGAAUGAUCUAUACACUAAAACUGCUUUAUUUAGCUAAAGUAAUUUAGGUGACUAUAGUGUUCCUUUAACUAAUAAAUUGUGGUCGAUUGAAAACAUAGUUUGUAAAAAAUUAGGCCACAAUAGUUGGGAGUUUAAGUAAGUCAGUUGUUCGGCAUUGAUGUUCUAAAAUGCAUUUUUUUAAAAGAGUUUUGUUUGACAUUUGACAUGUGUAAUGUACCUUGGACUGUAGUGGUUAUGAUGCUUGGAUUUUGCAAUGGUUUACCUCUUACCUGGAGCCAGCAUGGUCGCAUCCAGGAAUGCCCGUCACUUAUCGUCUGGGAGCUUUGGCUGAGGGCUCUCGGCUAAUAAAUGAAACUUGUGCGUGGAAAAUGCUCAGAAUUUACAUUAGCCAGCCGGUACACUUCUGGGAUUGCUGUUGAUGCUGCUGCAAGUAGAGUACCACCUUUGUCGGCAACAUUAAAUAUCUCCAUAUUAAAACAUUGCACGUACAGGACUACAUUCUCCAUGACCACCUCAAAAAAACUGAAGUGACCUUGGUGCUUGAAGUAACCCUUUUAGAAUCCCUUUAAUCGUUUGCUGAAAUACAUUUUUACACGAAGAGGGACUCAAAGCAGGUGUGGUGCAAUUUGUACGUUAGAUUAGUUAUUUUUUUGUUUUCUUACCUUGUCCCUAUAUCAAAAAUGUAUUAGUAGGUGAGUUAAAUUAUAUGAUGCAAUCCACUCCUUUUUAUCCUGCAAUUGGGUGCCUACAUCUCGGCUCCAUGUCAAACAUUGUUUUCAGCUCUGUCAUCUGCAUGUUGCUUCAGCAUAGAGAAAGCAUACAGGGAAGAGAACUGAAACAAUGUUUCUAUUUUUCAUUUGCCAUAUUUGCCCUGGCAUUGCCUUGUCUUAAAGGGACCGUAAAGGCACUCAGACCACUUCAUCUCAAUGAAGUGGUCUGGAGUCACCUGCACCCCAUUUGAACUCUGCAGCUGACAAAGUUUGCAUUUUCCAUGUUUUUUUCCAGUGGUGUAGAUUUUCAUAAAAGUGACAGUUUUUUUUUUUUUUAACAAUAAAAAAAUAAAAUAAAUAAAUACUGAUUUAGUUUUGCUUCAUAAGUCGACUUCUCUCACCUGCCAUACUGCAUUGUUUUUUUAUGCUAAAAAUGUAUUCCUGGGGGCGGGGCCGGACCGCCAUGCUGAGCAGUCGCAAAAUAGUGUGGCUCCUGCAAUCUCUCCCAGUUUUUCAGCACAAAAACGACAAUACCUACCUGACAGCAGCGACCCAGUGCAAGAAGCCACCCUGGUUCCGAGGAGAGGCUUGCUGCAAAGUUCUAGUCCCUUGGAGGGGUGCUCUCCGUCACCCACGAUGGAGACCACUCGGGCGGUGAGUGGGGUGGACGGCCGCUGCCCUGCUAUCCAGGGCCGGCGCGUCCAUAAGGCGGCACAGGCGGCCGCCUUAGGGCGCACCGGCUCUGGGGGCGCAAAAUUCCAGUGACCGGCAGGAGGGAAGUGCUCCCUCCUGCCAGGUCACCUCCUGGAUCCCCGGCGCGGCGUGCGGCUGAAUUAGAUGCCGUGGUGGCGAGGGAGCUCUGAUCUCUCUGAUGUGCUCCCUCGCAGGCUGUUUACUGAUGACGUCAUAUUCCGGCUCCCGCGGCAUCAGUAAACAGCCUGCGAGGGAGCAGACCAGAGAGAUCAGAGCUCCCUCGCCACCUCGGCAUCCAAUUCAUCCGCAUGCCUCCCAGCAGCCCCACUGGACCACCAAUGAGAUACCCACGCCAGCUCUCCAGGUAGGGAGGCUGGGUAGGACAUUUAAAUUUAAUUUAGAUUAUUAAUUACUGUGUGUGUGCAUGUGAGUGUGUGUGUGUCUGUCAGUGUGUGUGUGUGUGUGCGUGUGAGUGUGUGUGUGUGUCUGUCAGUGUGUGUGUCAGUGUGUGUGUCUGUCAGUGUGUGUCAGUGUGUGUGUGUGUGUGUGUGUGUGUGUCUGUCAGUGUGCAGUGAGUGUGUGUCUGUCAGUGUGUGUGUGUGUGUGUGUGCAGUGAGUGUGUGUGUCUGUCAGUGUGUGUCAGUGUGUGUGUCUGUCAGUGUGUGUGUGUGUGCGCAUGUGAGUGUGUGUCUGUCAGUGUGUGUGUGUGCAUGUGAGUGUGUGUGUGUGUGCAUGUGAGUGUGUGUAUCUGUCAGUGUGUGUGUCUGUCAGUGUGUGUGUGUGUGUGUGCGUACAUGUGUCUGUCAGUGUGUGUGAGUACAUGUGUCUGUCAGUGUCUGUGAGUUUGUGUGUGUGUGUCAGUGUGUGUUUGUCAAUGAGUCUGUCAGUGUUUGUGUGUCUGUCAGUGUGCGUGUGAGUGUCUGUCAAUGAAUGAGUGUGUCAGAUAAGUGAGUCUGGCUGUCAGAGAUGUCUGUGUGUUUGUCAUUGAGUGUGUGUGACUGUCAGUGUUUAUACACCCCUGACUGUAGCGUGGCCAAGCGGAGUGUACCGUGGUACAGGAACUUCUGUUUCCUGUACCUGGCAGGACUGACAGGAAAAGCUCACUGUACCGGGAUUCGCUCCGCUCAGCCACGCUACAAGAAAGGUAGGAGGCACACCAGGAAGGGGAGGGGACCACUAUGGGGGUGGGUGGCGCACCAAGGGACAGGGAGAGAUACCCUAAGGUACAGGAAAAGGAGGGAGGGGGGGAGAGGAACACUAAGCGACAGGGAACAGAGGGGGGAGGGGAGAGGAACACUAAGGGACAGGGAAAGGAGGGGGGAAGGGAAAGGAACACUGAGGAACAGGGAAAGGAGGAGAGAGGGGAGAGGAACAGUAAGGGUCAGAGAAGGGAGGGGACCAUUAAGGGACGGGGAGAGGGGCUGGAUGUGAAAGAAACACAUAGCGGUGCUUGAGAAGGAAAGAGACACACACAAAGGAGCUGGGAAGAAUAAAAGACACAAAGGGGCUGGGAGAAAAGGAGUCACACAAAGGGGCUGGGAGGAGUAAGACACAAAAUGUGGGAGGAUGUAAGAGUCAUACAAAGAGGAGAGAUAGGAGACACACAAAGGCAAAAAUAGGAGAUAAAAUACAUUAAAGGGAGUCAGACAUUUAAAAGACGGGAUAAGAAACACAAAAGGGAGGUUAAGAGGCACAUGGGUGAAGAGGUUUUUGGGGGGGGGGGGGCGGAAAAAUGCAUCUUCGCCUAUGUACCCAAAAUUCUUUGCACCGGCCCUGCUGCUAUCCUGCCCACUAGCAGUAUGGGCGAAGCACAAGGCUAGGUGGAACUGGCCCUGUCCCCCCCCCUCUGGACCGGGGGGGUGAUCCCGGUCCCCACCCUAACCCUGUCAGUGUGCAGCAACAUCAGCUGUGGCAGGGGGGCCCCAAACCUCGCAGGCCGCAAUCAAAAUGGCGGAGACUGCAUGUCGAGUCACCCGCGACAGACGGAAGACGGACGCACCCACCUCACAGUGGCAGCAGGCCGGCACAAGCCACAUGGGAACCGCCGGGCACCUGCAAAGACCCACCCAGAGCCAAGCCAAAUGGGCGGAGAAGCCGGAGGCACCUCAAGCCAACGCAAACAGCUCCACAAGCAACCGACGGAGGUCGACACCUGCAAACUACUGCCUAAACACCGCCAAAUGCUCAACUCAAAGAGGAGACAGUGCUCCAGCUACAUAGCUCCGCAUACUGAACCUCUAGGAUCACCGCGCAGGACGCACAUGAACAACAACGAGGCUAAUGGGACUUACCUCCUGCACGAGACAGGCACUUGAUGGAACCGCAAGUAUACCACAAGGGGACUCACACUACAACUAACACGGCGGUCCUUCUGCCAUUAUUAUGUUACCCAAACGGGUCUCCUGGCACAAAACCAUUGACUAUCAUCUUGCUGGAAUGGGGGUCCCCCCGGGGUGGAAAGACUCAAAGUGCAAUCACACAUGUUUGAUGCUUUCUCUUUGUUUGUUUUUUUGUUAUUUUUUUUUUGUUCUUUCAUCUAGUGUUGCCUCCAAGCUACUGAGAACCUAGUUAGGCACGCCAUGCAGCAGCUUAUAUAUCUCUGGUCUGAUUUACUCACUCAGACCAGACAUAUACUCCACCUUUCUUUAAUCAGCCCAGCAGGUACUUAACUGUAUAUAUUCUCACUCACAGUUACCACAGAGGCAGUAUAGACAUACUUAUAAUACACCACUUCGCCUCUCCGCUGAUUAUUCUCUGUUCACUCAGGCAACUGAACAGGCGUAGAUGUUGUCUCUCACUGUUCCGAAACCUGAUGUACAUGUAUGAGUACCUGUGGAGUGUUAAACUCAUCUUGCUAAACUCUUAUACAUUUGCUUAGCUAACCAGUAAGCUUGGCAUGUUUUUGCUUGCAUAUACAUGUAUUUCACGCUUAACUACACGGAGGAACGGCUGACCCAUCAUGAGAGGCACUAGCGGUUAAACGAACCAUACUACUUACACCAGCCGCCACAAAAUGCUCACGUAUCUCAGACAACAUGACAGUAAGCGUUUGUGACUAAAUGCCCACUAACUAUACCCUAUACACAAUCUGAUAGAAUGUUCCUGUUAUGAAUCUGUUAAUAUAUAAAAAUGUGCUCAUUACUCUAUUGCUCCUACUGUAAUGCUAGACAAAAUGCUCGAGGAUUGCUGUUGGGGCACCAAGAGCUUGUAUGUACUAAUCACCAUGCACACCAAAAUAAAGAUUUAAAAAAAAAUAAAAAAAUUUAUUCCUGUUGAUGUACUUAAAGGGACCCUGUAGGCACCCAGACUAUUUCAGCUCAUUAAAGUGGUCUCGGUGCUGUGUCCCUUUUUCACUUCAGUCUACUGUGCAUGCUCUGAGUGACUGCCACUGUUACAAGGGACUAAUCUAAACACUGCCUUUUCUCAGAAAAGAUAGUUUUUACAUUGUAAAGCCUGCAGGGACAGCCUAUAGACACCAGAACCACUAAAUUAAACUGUAGAAGUUCUGGUGACUAUAUUAUCCCUUUAGGCUAUUAGCCCAUACAGUGGGAAGUUGAUAAUUUGAGUACAAAUCCCAUAAACCUUCGAUGUGCUCAUAAUUCCCUGCUUGUUGGAUAAUCCUAGAAGUGCUGUAUAGCAACCAACAUCACUUCCUGGUUUGGCGAGUGCUCUUUGCAAAUCCUUCUUAGCCUGACGUUUUGCUGGAAAAACAGGAACUCCCAGUGAUGAAUAUCUUUUCUAUUACAUUAGAGCUCACAAACCCUUCUCAUAAAAGACUUCUAAUCCAUGUUCGUUUUGUUCUGUGCACGUUUUCUGAUUAAUUCUAGUUUGUAGUGAUCAGAGGCGUAACUACAAAACACGGGGCCCCGGUGCAAAAAUUGCACUGCCUCCUCCUUGCCCACCCCCACCCCUCCAUAGGUCUACUUCUCCUGUUCACCCCCCUCCCCACACACACAUGCAGACAAACAGAUACACAUGCACACACAUACAUAUAGAGAAACAUACAUACAGUCACACAUGCGCACACACACAUACAGAGACACAUAUGCAAAAUGUUUAAGUCACCCUCCUGCUUCCUACCUUUGAGGUGCAGGAGGGCGACUUUCCCUGGGGUCCAGUGGGGGUUUCAAGCUGAUGGGAGUCAGAGUUUCUUCUUCGUUCCCGCACGGCUCUCUAUGAUAGCUGGGAGGAGUGACUGGGGCAGUCACUUCCUCCCUGCGUCUGACAUCAUCACAUGGGGCCCGGUCGCGCUAUUAAAGCGCUGCGGCGCUGACUGGGGCCCCCUGGAUAUUCAUUGCCAUCUGGUGGCCCUAACAGCAUGGGCCACCCGAUGGACUCCUUCAAUGCGGCCUCGGAGGUUACACCACGCGGGCUGGGGCCGCAACAGAUGGCGGCGGGCAACCGGUGGCAAGGGGUCCGCACAGCUUGUGUGUUGCAGAGCUCCAGUUCCAGCAGAGUAUCGCUGCUAGUCUACUUACCUUGUGGAGCUCAGACGUCAGAGUAAUUGGAGCAGCCUACCCAUACAUCAGUUGAGACUCGAAAUAUGAAACAAAUAUAUUUUAUUGGGAAGCAGGCACCAUAUUUAUCCGUUAUAAAAAUGCAAAAAAAUGCUUUAUUAUACAAGAAUGCACAAAACAGGUAUCAAUAUAGUCCUAUUGCAAUGUCAAUAUAAACAAACAUUUAUGUAGAAAAUAUGCAAGCAAUGAAUAGACCCAAAAAGGAAGCGAUCAGAAAUACUCUGCAUCUACAAACUAAAUGGUGUAAGCACCAAUAUAAUGAAACAAUAUUAUGAUAUCUGAAAAAAAAUAAAAAAUGCAAAACAAAAAAUACAUACCAAAGAUAGAACCUAUCAAGGAACAUGAGAAGAGGGUGAAGACGUCAAAAAAUAUGUUUGUUUAUAUUGACAUUGCAAUAUGACUAUAUUGAUACUUGUUUUGUGCAUUCUUGUAUAAUAAAGCAUUUUUAUGCAUUUUAUUUGGUUGUGCUCCUCUUUUUAGUAUUAUACUAUUGUAUUGUAGCCUUUUGGAAAUGGGGCUUUAGGAGUGAGCACCCUUAUUUGUACUAAUUCACUUUAUCUAUUGUAUAUGGCUGUUAACCGGGUGUGCCCACCUUUCCCUUGUUAAACCAUAUUUAUCCAGUACAGAAUAUGUAUUUCCCCCCUGCAGGGGAUGAUUAAGAAAACAUUUGUGUAGUCCCUCCCUGACGUUUUCGGGUCUUGGGCUAUAACUCUUUCACCCGCUGAGCCCUUUUCAGCCAGGUAGGCAAGAGAUUAGACAGCCCAGAACAGAGUUCUGUUUUGCCUAAGUCAUGUGUGCCAGGGAUGCAAAUUGACCCUGGUACACACCGUUAACUACAUCUUUAGAUAUGCAGUAUUGCAAGCUAAAAUGCUGCACAUCCAGGUUCCUACCACCAUAACCAUGUCAAAAAGCAGAGAGCUGGCAGCGGGGUUGAUACCUCAAGAAUCUCUGGUUCCAGGUGCCAAAGGUGAAGGAAUAGAUGGCAGCUCAGGGCUGGUUUGGUUCCUGAACUAGUCAUCAAUAAUGCCUCUUUCCUGCUACAAAAAUUUCUAGGCCUCAUACAGUUUGCCAAGAUUCUGUAAUAAUUCCACUUUAAAUCAAAGUCUCAUUCCAUCCCUGGUGUCCUGCUUCUUAAGGGAAAUUAAAUAAUCUGACUGGAAAAUGUCCUUCUUCCAUAAUUCUUUAUUUAGCUUUUAAAUGCCUGCAAUGGUCAUGAUUGAAGAACCUGAUAUGAGCUUGCAAUUUAUUUUAGGCCCAUUAAAUCCUCAGAGUUAAAGAAAUGGAAAAAGCACCACAAGGUUGCAAGUGCACCAGUGCGUUACUGUGGUUUAUUGAAAGGCAUUUCAAAGAACAAACGUUUGAAAUGCCCUUCGAUAAAACAAACAGUACCACUUUUGUGCUCUUGCAAUCUUGCUGCACCACUUCUUUUGUUUUGUUUUACCUGUUUAUACCGCUGAUUAAGCAACAGUGGUUAAGGAUCUCAUAGCUGCACUGAGGUGAUUCUUUAACUUUAAGUAAUGCAGUUUUGUAAAUUUCCCAUCUUGCAUACUUAAAUCCUCAAAGGAUUAAAUUAGAGACUAAGAACUAAGUGAUCUCUAGCCACCCAUUGUUGAUAAUGAAAUUAUGCAGUUGUAUCAUAUUCCUUGCAUCUUGUUUGCUACACCGAUUUCCAUCAAAUUCAAACCAAAAUUGAGGAAUCUAUGCAAAAAUUGCUUGUUUGAAAAAAUAUUAAAAAAAAAAGCAAUCUCCAACUUAUCUGUACUCAAAGCUUGGCUACCGUUGCCUAAAUUUCACAUUUUAAUUAUUUAGAUUCUAACUCACUGCAAUUAGGCUUAUAGUGAAUAAAGCCAUGUGUUUUUGGAAACUUGCAAUACAAUUCCCCGACACAAAAAGGGUCCCUUGUAAGUUAAAAGGAAAAUCUAGCAAAACACAAGCUAGCUUCUUUUGUCAAAAUAUUUUUCAUCUGUUGGCUCUAUAAUUUUAAACCAAUUGAAAACCAUUUCAGUGCCAGGUCUGCAUAAAUAAAAGCUUCAACGAGUAGUGAACUUUACAUUUCAGCAUUUAUUUAAAGUGCAUAUGUUGUGACCAACAUAGCAAUGAAAACUUGAUUUGACAGCAUCCCAUAACUCCUAAAGUGCAAAUGCACCCUGGGAAUUGUGGGACACUGCUCUCGUCUUUUGCUGGGUGACUGAAUGUGCCGCUGCUUCUAGUCCAUGAGUCCAUGUUUGGUGAGGAGGCAGAGGAAAGUUAGCUAAGUAUAUAUUUUGAUCCAUAUACUUGCGGGUGAUUUUUUUGCCAGAACAGUGUAUUGGCAGAAUCUGUACCUACCCGAAUGGGAGCUUGUCAUGCCCACAAUUUGCAGAAUGGUAUUCUCGUCCUUGUUCCCUAUAUUUCAGAAAAAUCUUCGGCACUCCAUAUGUUGUGGACUGCAUCUCCCAUAAUGCUCUUACAGCCAUUAUGCUGGUAAAGCAUCAGGGGAGAUGUAGUUUACAAUAUCUAGGUUGCCUUUCCCUGCCAUAGAAGAGCCUUUAUAUCUUGGGAUUGUAUGUUAACAGAGAGAUUUAGUUACAGUGUUGUGGAGAUUUUUGUAAACCGUUGCAAGUAUUGGUAACAGAAUGUAGAAAUAUAGCAACAGGGGAUCUUCUUGCUCCAUAACCUACACAAAGAUCAUCUGUGUCACUGGUACUUUUAGUGUCACUUUAAUAUUCAUGAACCAAAGGUGAUACACUGUUGCACCUUCUAGGUGGAUGUUGUCAUAGCAACCCAUCCAUGUAACACCUUUGUACUACCUUGAGCUGUCUGAAUGAAUGAGAAGCAUUUUUUCCACUUUUUACAAGCCACGGUCCUGGCAGCCACAAUAUAAAAUAACAUAGGGUUUGAGUUUUCCGGUUUAUUGUAUCCUGUGUUCAGCAAGUCUUGUCAGCUCACUACAGCUCACAAUUCGGUGAAUGAAGACUGGCACCAGUGAAGCAUCCCUCCCAGCUGUUCUGUAUUAUUUUGGACCAUUGUCUUGAUGUGCCGAAUAUGCAUCUCUGGUAUCACACUGAUAGAGACAAAAGAAAAGUCCUCAAUUAGUACAGAUUGCUAAAUUUGAAUGGCUUAGGUUGGCUGUCUGGGAUGCAGUCUUCCAACCUCACAUCCUUUUUAUCCCCAAGGUCAAGAUGCACCCUUUCUGUCUGUUCUAUUAGUGAUAUGCUUUGCAUUAUUAGUACUUCCCACUCCGGCUCUGUGCUUUAACAGCUUGACUCCAUACCUACCAUUUUUAGAUGAAAUGAGGAAUACGGGGGGAAAAAAAUAUCUCCCUUCUGAUAUUAUUUCACAAAGAUGAGGAUACAUAGAACGCAAACCCAGAUAGAUUCUCACAUGGUGGUGUGCUGAAUUGCCUAAAGAGACACAAACUAUAAUACCUGCUUCAGCUUAACGUAGUGGACAAGGCGUCCUUGAGUGUAGUCCGUUCAGUUUUUUGUUUAUUUUUUACUAAUCCUCUCUUCUGGUACUUUUCAAGCCCAACACUACUUCUGCUAUGGAGCUAAUGAUAUACUAAAUGCUGAUCCCUGAGCAUUCUGUUUGCCUCAAAUACUGAUUCUUGCAGUAUGUGCAGAUAGCUAAGCGAAGGCCAUUAUUCAUAUUACAAGUGAUGUAAUGACAACGUUUGUAGACUUGAACUGUAAGAGAACUCUUGUUUAUCUGACUCACUUCAUCAUUAAGACAUGUCUUACAGGGAUUGCUAACUUAUUUAUAUAUGCCCUGAUACCUUUUAGCAUGUAGGGUUAUGUUUAGUCUUAAAAGAAAUAUAUAAUAUAUAUUUUGACGGUUAUCUCCUUUUUAUAGAUAGAGAUAUAUAUAUAAUAUAUAUAUAUAUUAUGUGUGUGUGUGUGUGUGUAUAUGUAUGUAUAUAUGUAUGUGUGUGUGUGUGUGUAUAUAGUGAAAAAUGUAACUGAUAGGACAUAUAUUACACUGAUAAAGAUAUUACAGCAUAAGGCACAGCUGCAUACUGCACCACAGUUUAACCCCUUAAGGACCAAGGACAUAUCAGGUAUUUCCGACAAAAAACGUUCCCUUAAGGACCGCAGACGUACCUGAUACGUCCGCAUGGAAUUAGUACACUGCAAUAACCCUCUCACUGCCGGUGGCCCUGAAGAACACCAGGUGAUCGUUUCACGCCCCCCAGGAGCGAUCACGUCCGGGUUGCUCCACGUGAAGCCCUGCAGUAUAGCAGAGCAUCAGAGAUGCUCUCGAGGGGUCGAGGCACUUAGUGAAUGUAAAAAAUGUUUAAAAAUAAGUAAUAAAUAAAAAAUUAACCCCUUCCCUCCCACUCCCUCCCCAUGUACUUACCGAUCACCGCCGUUCCCCCACUGGCGGUCGGUCUUCUUCUUAAGGGGGGACUGUCUGGGCUGACCAUUUAAAAAAAGAAAUAAAAUGCUAACUUUGGCCAGCGUUUGUGACUAAGUGACUACUACAAAAGACUGGAAAUACCCCAUUUGGAAUACCCUGGGUUAUCUACAUUUGAAAAUGGUAUGCCAUGAUGGGGUUAUUUCACAUUCCUGGGCUACCAUAUGGUCUCAAAAGGCAACACAGACACAGCAAACUAAUCUGGCAAACUGAAUUGGGCAAGCUCUAUAUUGACCCUGUAACUUUCCAAAACACCAUAAAACCUGUACAUGGGGGUAUUGUUAUACUCUGGAGACUUCGCUGAACACAAAUAUGAGUGUUUACAACAGUAAAACUUAUCACGUCGAUGAAAUCACCAGUAAAAGUGCAUUUUUUUUUGUGUUAAAAAAAAUGCAAAAAACAAAUAUGAACGCUAACUUUGGAAAGCGUUUGUGGCGAAGUGGCUACUUCAAAAGACUGGACAUACCCCAUUUUGAAUACCGUGGGUUGUCUACUUUUACAAAUGGUAUGCCGUGAUGGGGCUAAUUUUUCAUUCCUGGGCUACUAUACGGUCUCAAAGACAACAUAGGCCCAGCAAACCAAUCUAGCAAAUUUCAAUGUGCAAACAUGGAAAAGGGGAAAGCCCUACAUUUUGCCCCUGUAAGUUUGCAGAAACCCAUAAAACCUGAACAUUGGGGGCACUGUUGUACUCGGUAUAUGUUGCAGAACACCUAUCGAGGUGUUCUUUGUCAGUAACACAUAACAGGAACUGAGAAUCCAUACCUGAAGUUGGAAAACUGGAAUGCGCACGUUCCAAAUAAGGCAUUUUAGCCGCCAUAGAACCUGACACACCUGUACAUGGGUGGUGUCACUGUACUCAGAUGUUGCUGAACACAUAUUUGGGUGUUCUUCGGCAGUAAUACAUAACAGGAGCUGAGAAUCCAUGCCUAAAGUACAAUGUGCGUGAAAAAUAACACAAACAAAUGACUACCCUAAAGGUUGACAAAGACUGGUGGUAGAACACAAUUAUUGGGGUGUUCUUUGGCAGUAACCCUUAAAGUUCUCCGUACAUGUAUUCUUAAAUUGCUAUAAGUGUCAAAAAAAAUCACCAAUUGUGUUUUUUUAAUUUUUUUUUUAUUUUUUUAUUUGGCAUAGAUUGGUGGUAAAAUGGUUGCAUGAAAAGAGUCAAAAUACCCCAAGUUUAUCACAUUAGGUUGUCUUCUAAAAAUAUAAUAUGUGAAGGGUUAUUCAGGGAUUCCUGAUAGAUAUCAGUGUUACAAUGCGUUAAGUUUGGGAACUAUUUAGCACGGGUGUUUUUUGGCGGUUGUAGAUUCGUAACAGAUUUUGGGGGUCAACAUUCGAAAAAGUUAGUUGUUUUUUUUUGUUUUUGUUUUUUACAUUAUAUAUAUAUUUUUGUUUUAUUGCUACAUUUUUUAUCAUAAAUCAAGUCAUGUUUUAGUUUUUCUCUCGACUAAUAAAUCCAUUGAAGCAUUUUCUAGGUUGAUGUGUGCAGUAGAGACGUCAUUUUUUGAUCACUGGUGUCGCCAUCUUCCUAGGAUUCUAUAGGUUUAUGGGUCUCAUGGAACAUUUUGAAAUUUGCAUUGAAUACUAGUUAUGUCUUAACAGCCUUGCAUUUAAUGUAAAUACAAAACAAAAUCAGCUUUUUUGUUUGCAGUUAGGAUUUGUCAUUCCUUCUAAAGUGACGGUUCUUUCAUUCAGCAUGUGGCGUCAGCUGUGGUACUCUCAGCUAAUCGCCAAGGGUGCAGCUUGCGUGCGGCAUUGAGCUACCUCUGUUCAGGCAGGUCCUAACGUGCACUACAGAUAAUUUUACAGCAUCACAGGAGCUGGCUGUACAACUUUUCUGCAGAAAUCUUCCUGAACUUCACUCUGCUCACUUUAUCUUUAUUUCCCCUGCAGGCAGUGGGUGGGGAGAGCAAGAAAGAUUAUUAAUUAUUAUAAUAAACCAAUACCUUAUUCUUAUAAAUAAUAUUUAUGCCUAGCCGAGUAUACAACAUUAACCCAAUCUGCCACAUUAUCAACAGUGAUGCAAGUACCUUGACGAUUGACCAUGUACUCUUCAGAUACAGAUAUCGCCCACAAUGCAUUGUGGGAGGUGAUAAUGUAUUUGCACUUGUUUUGGUGGUGUCCAUUUGUACACAGGCUUUGCAUUCAACCCCGGAAAUGGAACUUGAUGACCCAAUGUCUGGGAAGCCCCCCACAGAUUUACAUUUUGUUUUCCUUUUAUUCCCUAUAUUUUUCUCCAACUAAUAGUGACUUUAUUGCACCCCCCCAUUUAUCCCUGAUCAAUUGUGGAAAUAUGUGAGUGGGCAGAUGUAUUAUGUUUUAAGUCUGUGUAAAAGAACUAAUACAUGUAAUUUUAGCUGGUAGAGUGCUAUUCUAAAUUGUAUACUGCACUGUGCCAUAUUUUCAUUUUAUUCAAUAAUCCAGGAACUCUGAGGGAAGUACCUUCUAAAAUACCUCUCUCUCUCUCUCUCUAAUACUCAUACAUUUGAGGAACACUCCAAUGUUAAAAGUCAAUAUUUGGUUUUAACGUUUGGAGUAUUCAUUAACCCCAGUAGAUGCCAGACGCCUCCCAAAAAAUAAGAUUUACUUACUUUUUUCUCUAACAGUGAGUCUUCUUUUAAAUGACCAUUAUAGCCACCCAGACCACUUCAGCUCAAUGAAGUGGUCUGGGUGCCAGAUCCAUCUAGGAUUAACCCUGCCUGCUGUAAACAUAGCAGUUUCACAGAAACUGCUAUGUUUACUUUAGGGUUAAUCCAGCCUCUAGUGGCUGUCUCAUUGACAGCCGCUAGAGGCACUUCUCACUGUGAUUAGAAGAGGGAGGAGAGUCCCCAGCGCCGAGGGAUCCCGGCGCUGGAGAAAGGGGAGUGUUUAACCCCUUAAGGAAACAUGACGUGUGACAUGUCAUGACUCCUUUUUAUUCCAGAAGUUUGGUCCUUAAGGGGUUAACCCCCUUCCUCCCCCUUCAGCCCGGCGGGAGUGGGUCAGGGCACUAUAGUUCCAGGAAAACGAGUUUGUUUUCCUGGCACUAUAGUGGUCCUUUAACCCCUUAAGGACACAUGACGUGUGACAUGUCAUGAUUCCAUUUUAUUCCAGAAGUUUGGUCCUUAACGGGGUAAUGCUACUCUGCUCAAACCCUGGGAGACUCUGUUACAACAGUAUCCCUUCCUAUCUAUCGUAAAAUUGGCUCACAUUCGGCGAUUACUACAAAUGCACCAAUGUGAGGGGUGGGGGGAGGGGGGGUGAAGAGGCACACAAGCAAAGACACCUUUUUGAGAGAGCGACAAAAUGCAUUUUCGCCUGUGUAGCCAUAAAUCCUUGCACCGGCCUGGCCAUAAGCACUAUGAGAGCCUUUUUUUGUGAGACCGCUGAAGUGAUUUGAUAUGAACUAGGCGCCUGGUACCUUAAGACUCUUUUAAUUACCGGUACAGAAAUUCUGUGCUUAGUACCAAUAUGGUUGAUUCUCAAAUUGUUACACAUGGUGAAUUAUAAAUUAUAGAUGAUUGUUGUCAAUACCACCAUUGAUAUAGUUGGUUAGAUAUUGCAUGAUUAGAGCAAUAGUAAUAUCGAAUCCUGGUCAGACCACCUCACCUUUUGGCAAAACGCCCAACAAUAUAUAAGCCUACCACAAAUCCUCAUAGAUUGUAAGUUUGUUUAAACAGGGCCUUCUACACAUCUAGAAUAGUAAAGCGCUGCACAAUAUGGUGAUAUAUGAAUAAUAUUAAUUUACAGCUCAAUCCUGUGUGUGAUGCACCUUACUUGGCUAUAUAGAGCCCUUCAGAUCCAACUGUUUUCCAUUACGGAGGGCGAUGUGGAUUGAAGUUGAACUGUUGAAGAAAUAAGACUGCCUCUGUUCUGUGGAAUUUCUCUUAGCUUGAAGCACUUCUGACUUUAUCCCAUGCAUUCAUAAUGCUAAAAAUCUUUCUGAUGAGUUAAUGUGUAACCUCAAGAUUAUGGAUUAUAGGACACUGAGUAGGCACAGGGAUAUGAGCAUGUAAGUAAAAACCAGAGAGAGAGAGAGGUUUUUUUGGUUUUUGUUUUUUUUCUAGGUGGAUACUGUGAUAUUUUUGUUUGUGUGAAUAAUCUGUCACAUCGCAUUUAACGCUGUUUUUUAUUUUUUUAUUAUUGAUUGCUUUAAAGAUACAGACAUCACCUAUUCUCCUCCACUAAAGCAGAGAUGUAAAUUGUAAUGUAUCUGUCAGCAUUCUAAAAUGUAUACCUUCUGGGACAGCCAUAUCUGUUUGUUUUGAUUGAUUAGACCUCAUUGUUAAUUCCCCCCACGAUUUAGAAAAGUUAAUAUGGCCCGUCAGCUUCGGACGAAAAGGUUGGCAAACACAAGGGAGAUUAAUGCAGGGCUAGUCCAGUGACCAGUGGUUAAUGUAGUUUAUUAAUCAAACUAAGCUCUUACAUGAAUGAUUUGUGACACCUGCUCUUUAAAUAUACUGCAUUGGAUGAGAAUACUUUGUAAUUUGCUAGAUUAAUGUUAUGUUUACCAAACCUCAUGUUCUUUCUCUGCAGUCACAACCAAUACAGAUGAACCAAAACUGUCGGUAAGUAACAUGGGGCAAACAUUCCAUGUUUUUGUUAAAUGUUCUGAUUUAAUACUCAUUCCCCAUGUCCAUGUCACUUUCUUCAUUCAUGUCACCAUCUCCCUGUCGUCAUCUUCACUGAAACCCUAGUCUCACUGUCUCCUCUAAUAACCAUUUUACCUCAUCUAGUAAUAUUAUCCGUGUUAGGCAGAGUGUCCUUGUGGUGAUGAUAUUCCUCCGAGAAUCCAUAGCGGUAUCAUUUGCCCUCUGUUGUCUUUCGAAGGUUUGUGAGAUAGACACCCAUGAUUCUCUCUUUGUGAGUCUCUGAUAGUGAAGUUCUGCCACAAAGUGAACUUCCGUUUUAUAAUUCAGUGAUACUCCACUUUGACAGUCGUCACAGCCGUCUGAAGUACAGGUAUCUAGCUCACAGUCCUUGGCAGACAUUGGUAAGCACUAUCACAAUGGAUAUAAAGAGGCAAUGCACAGAUAUGCCUCUAGAGGCAUUUAUAAAUAAAUAGAGAGCUUGCUAUUAAUACUUAUGCUUGUGCUUGAUACUGUAUCUGAUCUUUCACAUCUAUAGCAAUCUGCACUCCUAGCAGCCAUCAUCGUCCCGUCUGUGGUGGGAGGAUUAAUUAUCAUUGGAAUACUGAUCUUCUUUUUCAUCAAAGUGCGUGAGUUACGUCGAACAGAGGGAACCUACAGACCUAGCCAAGAGGAACAAGUAGGAUCGCGGGUGGAGCCCAACAGUACUCUAAAAUUACCCCCCGAGGAAAGGCUCAUCUAA